AUGACAGAACACGAGAUCACCGCGGCCGCCUUCGACCUUAUGUUCGAGGGAGAGAAGUCAUUCUACGACACCUCGGACCCCUCUUCACUUCUAAACGGCGAAUACAAUGACUUCCUGGGCGAUGUUCUUGGUGUUGGGAAUAGUGGCACGCAAACAUACUACGACUUCAGCCAACCGUAUAAUUGCGACGCCUUCCUCGAGGAGACUCCACAAGCUGUGACUGUGCCAACUCCCGCUUCUUCAACCCCAUCCGUGCCUUCCUCCGAUCUCCCACCCGGCGCAUACGAGCUUCAAAACCCUGUGGCUCCAUGUGCCACUGAAUACUGGGAGCCCGACACGACUUAUUUCGCCUCCGGAUCGUUGCCGACGCAUUGCCAUACUCCCUUUGCGCCGCAUCCUCCUCCAGCAAUGAACUAUCCACCGAUGGCUAUUCAACCUACCGUCUCCGACAUCCACGUCAACGCAGAUAGUAGCAUGGCUCACGUUGCCGCCACACCAACCAUAUGUCCCGCAGGGGCCUUCCCAUCUUCCGCUUUCAGCUUUUCUGUCCCGCACCCAGCAUACCCGUCUAAUCUCCCAGGUCUCGUAUGGCCCCCGACCAGCUAUUUGGGCGCUCAAAGACAUUUCUUUCAUAACACGUCCAUGGACGAUAACACCGGCUUCGCGUUUGAUGCGCCCAAUGGUGUAGUACCUUCCUCGAGUGCACACCUUUCGCACUCUUCUUUCGCCCAAGCAGCACCCUUUCAACGAGGCGUGCUCCAGCCCGUCCAACCAGCCGCGAGCGAUUCUAACCCCCACGCAGGCUUCGGGCAGGCCAGGCGGGGAUUUGAGGAUGACAGUGCAACAGCGAUGCCGCAGCAGCCACGCAGGAAGCGAAGAAGGCUGAACUCGACGGCCACUAGUACCUCAUCAAUGUCAUCAGCCCUCACAUCCUCGCCUACGCCCUCUCUAUCUUCUGCCUCCUCGAGCUCGAGCUCUUCCGCCUCCCCCUUGCCGAUGCGUCCCAAAAACUGGGUCCAAGACGAGGACGGACGCUUCCGGUGCCUACUGUGCACUGCUAUAUCGGUGUUCACGGACACGAAAAAGGACAUUGUGCGACAUCUCGAGCGCGCCGAGGUGCACCACCCCGAGAAGGUGCGCUGCUCGGACACCAUCUACCGGUGUCCUUGUGGCAGGGGGAUAUUGGGAAAAAGGAAGGACGCACAGAAGCGUCAUGUUGUUACGUACAUCGCCAGGGAGAGGAACCGGGCGAUCUCGUUGGGGGAUAGGGAGCGCCUCGAUAGGGUAAAUGCAUACGAGGCACGGUUGAAGGGAGACGAGUUGCUUUGA